AUGGCUAGUCGUGAUCGUGAUAAAUUUAGAUCACAUCCUUCAGGUCAUCAAAAGCGGUUGAAAAAAGCAAAAGUUGAAGCAUUCAUGCAAAAACAACGUGGAUGUUUUGAAAAGUUUAUCAGUAAAAAAAAUAAAGAUUUAUUGGAUGGAGUAGAAACUUGUGGAACUAGUGGAAACUUGGUUAAUAAAAAUGAUGGAAUAAAAAACACAAAUAUGGAUUGCGUAAAAAGAAAUCCACAUCAAGAGUUUCCUGUUAAUAGUGAAAACCCACCAAGAAAGUUUACUUCUUAUCAUUUCUAUCGAACUAUGUCUAACGGUGAACGCGUCGAUAGAGAAUGGUUAGUAUAUUCGAAUAAAAAGGAUUGUGUAUACUGCUUUUGCUGCAAACUUUUUAAAAAAAAUUGUACUAGUGGUUUAUCUUUAAACGGUAUCAACGAUUGGAAAAAUAUAAGUUAUUCUCUUAAAAUACAUGAACAAUCGAUUAAUCAUUGUCAAUCACUUAAAGAUUGGUUGGAACUUAAAACAAGAUUAUUGUCAUCACAAACAAUUGACAAAGAACAUUUAGCGAUGAUAGAAAAAGAAAAGAACCACUGGCGCAAUGUACUUAAAAGAAUUAUAUGUACCGUGCAAUUUUUAUCUAAACACAAUGACGCAUUUAGAGGUUCAUCUGAUAAAGUCUGUACAAAAAAUAAUGGAAAAUUCCUCGGACUUAUCGAAAUGAUGGCAUCAUUCGACGAUGUCAUGGCAGAACACAUUCGAAGAAUAAAUAAUCAAGAAACUCAUGAUCAUUACCUUGGACCAGAAAUUCAAAACGAAUUGAUAGAACAAAUGUCGAGUAAAGUACGUGAAAAUAUAGUUAAAAUCAUAAAAAGCGCAAAAUAUUUCUCAAUCAUGAUGGAUUGCACCCCGGACGUAAGUCACCAAGAACAACUUUCAUUGAUUAUUCGAAUAGUUAAUUUAGAAUUAGAAAACGAAACUUUAGCACCAAAAAUCGAAGAAUAUUUUUUAGAUUUCAUAAGCGUUGAAUCAACUACUGGUUUACAUUUAACAAACUUACUUGUUUCAAAAUUACAAGAAUACAAUAUUGACCUUCUGGACUGCCGUGGACAAGGGUAUGACAACGGAUCAAAUAUGAAGGGACAAUAUCAAGGUGUACAGUCCAGAAUCAAACAACUUAACUCUAGAGCAUUUUUUACUCCGUGUGCUUCACACAAUUUAAAUCUAUUACUAGGAGAUAUUUCCAAAAGUUCCACAAAGGCAAUUAGUUUUUUUGGAACAGUACAAAGAAUAUAUUGUUUGUUUUCUUCUUCAAUAAAACGUUGGAGUAUUUUAAAAAAACAUUGCCAAGAACUUACACUAAAACCCUUGUCUGAAACUCGAUGGGAAUGUAGAGUAGAAAGCAUUAAAGCUAUUCGGUAUCAAAUACCUGGAGUUAUAAAAGCAUUAGAAGAGGUUUCAGAAGUUACAAAUGACCCUAAAACUAAGAGUGAAGCCAAUUCUUUAGUUAGUCAUGGAAUUGGUGACUAUGAAUUUAUUUUAAGCCUAGUUAUAUGGUAUGACAUUUUAGUGCAAGUAAAUAUGGUGAGCAAGUCAUUACAAUCUAUAAAUACAAAUUUGCAAAUAUCGACAAGUAUGUUGAAUAGCUUAUUAGAUUUUUUAAAAAAAUACAGAACAAAUUGUCAUGGAUUUGAAAAUGCAAAAAUUACAGCUAAUGAAUUAGCAAAAGAUAUCGAUAUUGAACCAGUAUUUACUCAAAAAAGAUCUAAAAAAGCUAAAAAAAUGUUUGAUUAUGAGAGCAAUAAUGACUUACAUAGAAAUAAUGGUGAAGAUACAUUUAAACAAGACUAUUUUAUUGUUAUUCUAGACCAGGCUAUUAUUUCAAUGGAAGAAAGAUUUAUACAAUUUAGGUGGUAUGAAGAGAACUUCGGUUUUUUAUUUAAUAUAAAUAAUUUAAAAGAAUUAAAUGAUGAAGAUUUAAUGAAACACUGUAAAGAUUUACAAAAUAUUUUGUCUUAUGGUGACUCAAAAGAUAUUGAAGCGGUAGAUUUGUAUACAGAAUUAAUUUUAUUUCGAA